GGAUAACAUAAGACCGAAAGAAUGACCAUAAUUUUAAGGAUUAGCGAAAAUCAGAGCAGAGAGAGUGAACCACGCCGAGUCACUGUCCGAAGCAAAGACCAGCAAGGUCAAAAUUGGAGCUUGUUGUUGCGAAUGACAAAAGAAGAAGAACCCACUUCACCGAUGCAUCCACCUCCUUCAUACACCUUAGUCCUAAACAUCAUGAGCAAAAGAAGAACAUGGGCAUGUCUCUUUCUCUUAGUUUACGGUACCCUUUUGGCCUCUUCAUGGAACUUCCUCAAAUCCACGCUUUCAUGGUACAACCUCCAAGUUCAGUCCUCAACUUCGGCGUGGCCCGCACUCUACGCCUCGGUGCUUCUGGGCACCGUGUUUGGGGCACUAUCCAUGGUGGCAGCGUUGGUGGUUAUGGUUCCCGCGGUGGUGGUGACGUGGAUCACCGUCGUGGUGCUUUUGGCCUUCUUUGGGAAGCCUAGGAGGACCCUGGUGGUGGAGGGGAGGAAGAUCACUCGGGAAAUUUUUGGGUUUGUGGUGAGGAUUUUGUUGAAAGAAGGCAACUUUGUGGCUGCGGUUUGUGCUGUUUUGGGGUAUUUUGUUCUUUUUGGGAGGUAUGGUACUCAAGGGGAAGGGACUGUUGAGUCGUGAGUGGUUGAUUUGGUGGGGUGGUUGUUUUUUUGGGGGGGUUUGGGAGGUUGUUGUCACAUGGGGUUUGCAUAAUCAUGCUGGUUUUUGCAAAAUCAAGCAUGGUUUGGUAAAGUGUCUUAAUCUUAAUCUUAAUCUCCUUUUCUGUUUUUUUGGCUUAGAGUAGGAAUUAUUACUUGCGUGUUUGGUUUCACGUUUAGGGUUGAAGGGUAGUGGUGGUCAUCAUGGUGCCUAUCUUAGUGGUGAUUUGGUCCUGGUUUCAAGACGUGGUUUUUCAUGUUUACUGAUAAGUUAAUACUUAUAGUGCUUACACACCUCAAUCAUGGAUCAGAGAAGCUACUAUUAGUUGUUUUUGGUGCGUUUUGACAUGAAAAAAACAAAUGAUAAAAUGUGGAUCUUUGAUUAGAAUCCAAAUACACUUAUAGUUUCUGCAUAUCAGAUGUGAUUUCCAACUUAUCAACGAGUUUUCAAACACGCUAGUACAGAGGAGAGAGUGUUGACCGAGUUUGAAAUGUCACUUACUGAGAUGUGUAGUGCAUAUCUGUUUUAUGAUGUCAUGUAAAUUCCAGUGUAUGCUCUUGCUGAUUCAUUAAUUUUACUACCACUUACAAGCUGGUUUGUUUUGAUGGUUCUAUGGAUAUGUGAUUGUGUUGCUGAAGUUGUUGUAUUCAAUUUAGCUAAUUUUCAUCAAAUGUAUCUAAAUUGGAAAGUUAGAACCCCAAAGAAGGGGGAAUGGAAAUAUCUGAUGUGUGUGGGGUAUCUUUGGUAUGAGUAUUGAAGUCAAAUUAGUGAGUUGAGUGAAAAAGACUGUUGAGAAUCUGAUUAGAGUGUUUUAGAACUUUCAAGUUAGCUAAACCUAAUGAGAAGACAAGGGGGUGUUUCUUAGUUUGCAUGCCUAGCCAACAGAAAUGUCAUGUUGUGUCUAGUAAAAUAUGAAUUAAUCAGAAGCAACUUCCAUUGGAAGUCAAAUUUUGGUUGGAACAUACUUAGAAUAGCAACGUUAAUCAUUGAACCAUUGCCAAAUUAUUUGGUGAUAGCAACCAUCCUCUCAUCCGAGUCCUACCACUCGUGGCUGUGAUUUCACUAAAGAUAUUCCCAACUACUCAAUGCUAUUACCAAUAAUGUUUCUUACAGGAGAAGAUUCUGUGAAGUGAUAAGAGAUGCGGCUAUUGAUAUGGAUGGUUGUGAACUUGUGAUGAGAUAUCUUUGUAAAUAACAUAUUUGGCAUCUGGAUUCUGAAUAUUUACUGAUCUGAAUUCCUGGCAGGGUUUAUUUCACUGAUAUUAGGGUCAAUGGAGUUGUUUUGAAAGAUAUCUGCCACCUCCCAUUAAUGGUAAACAUCAUGGAGAAAGGCCUCCCAUCUCAUAU